AUGACAGUAGACAUAGAGAAAAGAGCAGCACCAUCAGAUCCAGAUGGCAGCGGAUCAGAUGGCUCUGAUAUUUUCGAGACUCUGGCCGCGCAAGAGAAGACCCGCGAUAUCAAAUAUCGGACUAUGUCAUGGCAAAGAUGUGCUCUGCUUCUAUUCGGAGACCAAGUAUGUCUUGCAAUCAUGGCCCAAGCUUGGACGUUAAGUGUUCUGGGUUGGGUUCCUGGUCUAAUCACUUCAUUUCUAUCUGGAGUAUUAUUCUGGAUCACCAGCUAUACUAUGUGGCAGUUCAUCAUGAAGCAUCCUCAUAUCCGCGAUGUGUGCGAUAUAGGAUAUCUUCUUUUUGGCCGUAAUCGCAUUGCAUACUACGUCACCAUGGUUGGCCUGCUACUGUACAAUGUCGUGCUGUGUGGUUUCCAUAUUUUAACCGGGGCCCAAGUGUUGAAUACCGUGUCAGAUCACUCACUUUGCUCUGUCAAUUUCGGAAUCAUUGUUACCCUCAUUGCGAUCGUGCUCUCAUUGCCCCGCACUCUGAGCCAUAUCAGCCUCAUCUCAAUCGGCAGCGCAAUCUGCAUGGCCCUCGCAAUUCUCCUGUUCAUGAUAUUUGCAGGCAAAGAAGAUUACCCUGCCGAGUAUCCAACCCUCGGUACGGUAAAAACGUACGCCUUUCCACAAGAGGAAACAACCUGGGUCGACUGCCUAAAUGCCGUUCUCAAUGUAGCCUUCCUGUGGUUUGCACAAAUCCUCUUCCCGACUUUCAUUGCGGAGAUGCGCCAGCCACGGGAUUUUCCAAAGGCUCUGGCUGCAUUCUCAAUUGCUUCAUUUAUCCUCUUCCUUGUUCCCGCUAUCGUCGGCUUUUAUUAUCUUGGUCAAUACACGGAGGCACCGGCAUUUGGAUCUCUGCAGGAGCAUUAUAAAAAGGUAUCAUACGGUCCCGUCAUUGUUCCAACAAUAGUCAUUGGCGUGAUAUACGCAAAUGUUUCGGUAAAAUUCGUUUAUCGCCUUGUAAUGCAAGAUUCGCACCACCAGCAUAGUCACACUGUAAUAGGUUGGGGAGUAUGGGUUAUUCUGAUGGCAAUUUAUUGGUUUGUUGCAUUUGUCUUCGCAGAGGUAAUUCCAAAUAUGGGCGACUUUGGCACAAUUCUAGGAGCGUCUUUUGAUUCUCAUUUCGGUCUUGUUUUUUGGGCUGUCGCUUACUGGCACUUAUUCCGGGGAAAGUUUUUCGCAACUCCAUUGCGGGCAGCCUUGACUGUCAUUCAUAUUUUUGCUUUUAUUGGCGGGCUUUUUCUUUUCGGUCCGGGACUCUAUGCGUCAGUCAAGACUAUAGUUGCAGACUAUGCGGAUACGACACGCCCUGCGUUUUCGUGUGAGAACCUUUCUCUUUGA